AAUGUGAGAAGAAUUGUAACAUUUCUUCCUUCAUUCGGUUGAACCACCACCCACCUUUUUCUAAGUUUCUUCCUUGGCCAAAUUGUUGUAACAAUAUUUGGGCAACCCUUUCUUCUCUCUUUCUCUACUAUUAACCUUUAAGAGAAGCUCUCCCACACGCUUCCAUUUCAUCACACAAAAUGUGGACUUACAUGUGAUUAUUGGUUUGUGUUUAAAAUAUUAUAUAUUUAUAUCAAAUUUUAAAUUGAUAAUACUAUGUCGUGCUAUGUUUUUGUGUUUACGGUUAUUUUAGUUUAUUUUUUUAUUGUAUAUGUAUAAUGUAUUCCAGCACCCAUUUUCAGAAAAUUGAUUAACCUAAAACCCGUAUAUAUACAGCCAUUUGCUUUCUAUUUAUGUCAGUGUAGUUUGCAUAUGAUGGAGGAGUGAAACAGAGAAGAAGUGAUGAAAGAGUUUACAGCUUUAAGACAGUUUUGAAUUGUUUCCCAAAUAUUUUUACUUGUCAAAAGCCCCAUCAGUGCCUUCACAUUGUUCUUGCAACACUUUUGAUUCUCUGAAAAUGGCUGGAAUGUGUAAAAUGGGGUCCGUCUUAAAGUUCAUCGGAGGGGUUUUGAAUAAAGCUGUGAGCUUCGUUGUCUUCUCUGUUCUUGACCUUCUUGAUUUCAUCUUAUGUUAUGGAUACAAAGUGGCUGAUUUCUGUAUCGAAGCCGAGUGGCGGCCUUGUUAUUGCUCCUCCGCUAAAGAGGCCAUCACUAGCAGCGGCAAGAUCUUAGUCUCCGAACAAGGGGAAUCCAAGAUUGUUUCCCUGAAUUCAAGCAAGUUGCAACUGGAGGAUAUAUCGGAUACCCUUUAUUCACGUCCUUCGUUAGUGGCCGAGGUCUCGAAACUCACCGUUAACGAGCUGAAGAAGUUCAAGUUAGACGGUACCGCCAAGACGAAGAAAGGGUCGACGAGAUCGACAUUUACCAUCAACUCCAUCAUUGUAGAAAUGCUUCAAGGCAAGAUGGUCGGUAGACAACUGCAUCAUAUCCCUACAUGGUCUGAUUGUGAUUGUAAAUUUUGCAAUUCUUGGACAUCUUCUAGUAAAGACACACUUUAUGUCAAGGCUCAGGGACCAAAGGAUAAUAAAGCACGAGAAGAUGUGAUAUUCAUCCAUGGCUUCAUUUCAUCAUCAGCAUUUUGGACGGAAACUUUAUUUCCCAACUUCUCAAACACUGCUAAAUCAACUUACAGGUUCUUAGCUGUUGAUCUUUUGGGUUUUGGGAGAAGUCCAAAGCCAGCUGAUUCACUUUACACCUUAAGAGAACAUGUGGGCAUGAUUGAAAAAUCAGUGCUGGAAGCAUACGAGGUUAAAUCUUUUCACAUUGUGGCUCAUUCUUUAGGCUGUAUCUUAGCCCUUGCUUUAGCUGUAAAACACCCUGGUUCCAUCAAGUCUUUAACCCUACUUACACCGCCAUACUUUUUGGUGCCAAAGGGUGAAGCAGCAACACAAUAUGUAAUGAGAAAAUUAGCGCCCCGACGAGUGUGGCCGGUGAUGGCAUUUUGUACAUCAUUGGCAUGCUGGUACGAGCACAUCAGCCGGACGAUUUGCCUGGUCAUAUGCAAGAACCACCGGCUAUGGGAAUUUCUUACCAAACUUGUCACCAGAAACAGGGUGAGAACAUUCUUGAUGGAAGGGUUCUUCUGCCACACGCAUAACGCGGCUUGGCAUACACUUCACAACAUUAUUUGUGGCACCUCCACCAAACUCGACCGCUACUUGGACGUCGUUCGUGACCGAAUGAAGUGCGAUGUCAACAUAUUCCAUGGCAAAGACGAUGAAGUAAUCCCGCUCGAAUGCAGCUUUAAUGUUCAAAAAAAAAUCCCUCGUGCCCGAGUUAAAGUUGUCGAAAACAAAGACCACAUUACCAUUGUUGUCGGCAGACAAAAGGUCUUUGCCAGAGAACUAGAGGAGAUUUGGAAUAGAUCAUCAAGAAGCCAUUAAAAGAGUGCCAUUUUAAUUAGUUUGGAAUUUAUAAGAAGGAGAAAAAAAAUCAGUGAAAUUUGCGUAAAGAUGACAUGAGAUUGGCAGGCUUUUUCGUUCUAUGUUAAUUGCUUAAGACCAAUGUGAGAUGGUUUGGUGUGUCCAUGUUGUGGAAAUUGCUUAAUUAAUUGUAACCAUAUCUAUGAUGAAACAUAA